AGGAGCUAGUUCGCUUUCAUAAAUAGUCUUCCAACUUCCCAUCUAGGGAUCCAGAUAGACAUCAUAUCUCCCAUUUCAUCUAAAAAAUAUUUACAGAAACUACACAAGAGAGCUUGGUGAUUGGAGUGUUGAAUAGCAUUCAAAUGCUCUUUAAAAAGUGAUGGUGCUGAAUUUCUUUCUCUGCUUUGAGCAGUGGAGAUCUUACUAAGAGGAGUUAUCUGACAAACUUAAUAUCUUAUAGUGGUUUAGAAUCUUGUAGGUGUUUAUAAUCUUGAGUUUGAUUGUGUAAGAAAUUCAAUUUACUUGGUAACUGAACUGUUUGUUGUGUUUAAUAACAUCUACAGAUGGAUUUGGGUGGUGGAAUGGAGUUACCAUAUCUCUUGUAUCAUUUGCUUCUAUAAGUUGAGUAGCCCUGGAUUCUGCUUUCACACAAUGGGGGUUGACAAAGAAAGUUCGAAAAAUGGAGGAGGUUAUGUUGGUGGAUUUUUUCAGCUAUUCGACUGGACUGCAAAAUCUCGGAAGAAGUUGUUCUCAAGCAAGUCAGAUUUUCCAGAGUGUUCAAAACAGGGAAAGAGAAGUGAUGGGAACUUACCAAUGACACGACUACAUCUGACAGAUGACGAUGAAAUUGGAGCAGGGACAAGCAUCAAAGGUAGUAGUGAUUAUAGUUGUGCUUCCUCAGUUACAGAUGAUGAUAUAUAUGGAGCUAGAGCCCCUGGUGUAGUGGCCAGGCUUAUGGGAUUAGAUUCCUUACCUACAUCUUCUGAGCCCUACUCCACCCCUUUUUUUGACACUCAAUCUCUUCGAGAUGCUCAUUUCCGAAAUAGAAACCUUAAUUAUCAUCAUGACCAACGAAUAGAUUAUCCUGGCGAUCUGUUCAAUAGGAUGGAGGGCCCUUCCAGGAACUUUGUGGAGUCAAAGCCUCAGAAGAUAGUCAGCAAGCCUAUAGAGAAGUUCCAAACUGAAGGUUUACCUCCUAAGGCAGCUAAAACAAUUCCGAUUACCCACCAUAAACUUUUAUCUCCUAUCAAGAGUCCUGGUUUUAUUCCUUCUAAGAAUGCUGCUCACAUAAUGGAAGCAGCAGCAAGAAUUAUUGAGCCUGGCCCCCAAGCUAUUACUAGAGCCAAAAUGCCUCUGGUUGGAUCAUCCUCAGUGCCUGUGAAAGUUCGUGAUUUCAAAGAAAAAAUGGAAGCUGCACAGAAAAUGGCUCCGGUAGGAUCUUCUUCUGUGCCCUUGAAAGUUAGAGAUUUCAAAGAGAAAGUGGAGGCUGCAGAUAAAACCUCCAGGCUCACUGAAACGACUAGAAGGCCAGUUGAGUCAAAUGCUGCCAAGUAUCUUAAAGGACAAUCUUUGAGCAAGAGCUGGAAUGGAUCAAUAGACACAACAUCACCCAGGGCUUCUGAUACAGAAGAAAUUUCUUCUGUUUUAAAGAGUAACGCGAAGUCUAUUUCACUCGCAAUCCAAGCAAAGGUCAAUGUGCAGAAAAGAGAAGGAUUGACAUCAAGCAGCAGCCGAAGUUUGUUAUGGCAGAAAGACCAGAGUGAAGUUAAGUCAAAUCAACCCUUCAAGAGCCAACCAAGUAUUCAAAAGAGUUUGCGUAAGAAAUCUUCCAUGCACAAUGCUCCUGGUGUACUCAGGCAGAACAACCAGAAGCAAAAUUGUAUAGUGGAUAAAGACAAAUCACCUUCAAAGCCCAUAGGUUCCAACUUGCACGGUAGAAAAGUGCUCUCUGGGGAUUCUGCUUUUGGGCAACACAAAACAUCAGGUAAAACUGUUGUGAAUUCCAAAACUGGCUCACGAAAGUUGGGCUUAGGUACAACAGAUAGUGAAAAAGAAGGUCCAUAUUCUGGUACAAAGAAGCCAAGGAAGAAAAGAACAAUUGAUAGGGACUUCCAUUUUGAGAAAAAUCAUGUUGUUGAUAGUUUUAUGAUUGAAAAAAAUCAGAAGGAAGAUCAUCCUAUUAUUGAAAGGAACUUUGGCUGGGUUGAAGAUAGCAAGAAGAAAGGCAUGGAUGUUGUCUCCUUCACAUUCACAGCCCCACUUACCCGGUCAAUGGAAACAUCUGCUCAGAUUGCACAGAAAAAUAACAGCAUUUGCAUGGAUAAUCAGGGUAAGAGAUUGUUGCUUGACACCGAGAGUAUGAAGUUGUCUUCAUUGGGAUGUAAUGUUAUAGGAGGAGAUGCUUUAAGUAUGCUUUUGGAACAAAAGCUAAGAGAAUUAAGUAAUGCAGUUGAAUCAUCCUGCCACAAAUCUCUCAGUUCACGAUCAGCUUCCAGUUCUACAUCAUUUUCACAAGAUUUGCUGCAUAGUACUCCUAAUGCUGUUAGUACCGUGCCCAUGUUACAUGAUAACCUGGCUAGUUCUUACAGUUCCAACCUUUCCUCUGCUGAUCUUCAACUGCUCAGAUUGAAACACAAGUUUCAGGGAAUUGAUGAGAUGGAUGAAUGCAGUAGUAGCCAUCUUGAUGCAAGGCAACCUAGUCCAGUGUCUAUCCUUGAACCUUCCUUUUCAACUGAAAGCUGCAACUCUUCAGAUAGCACAGAUGGUUUCAGUAUAGAAGGAAGCAAGCAGUGUUCAUCUGUUCAAGCUCAGGAAGUUCUUGGACUGAGUUCUUUAAAGAAGUUACAAGCACUUGAAGCUGACGCAGAGUUAUCAGAUUCAGCUUCUUCCAUAUCUUCAGGAGCUGUGGCUAAAAGGAAUCAAAAUAUUGUUAUGUCAGAUCCCAUGAAAUCAGUCAACUGGGAAGUAGGAUACGUGAAGGUGAUACUGUGUAACGUGGAAUUAAUGUUCAAGGACUUUGCGUUAGGCCGUUCUCGUGAAAUAAUAAAUCCUCAUCUUUUUGAUCAGUUGGAAAGCCGGAGAGGAGGAUUUGGAAGCGAUGGUGGGGAGUCUAGGCUAGAAAGGAAGGUACUAUUUGAUUUAGUCAGUGAAUGCUUAGACUUGAGAUUCAGGCGGUAUGUGGGUGGAGGAUGCAGAGAGUGGGCAAAAGGGAUGACAAUUCUGAGAAGAAAUGAGUGGUUAGUUGAAGAAGUUUACAAGGAGAUUUCAGGGUGGAGAGGGAUGGGAGAUUGUAUGGUGGAUGAGCUUGUGGACAAGGACAUGAGCAGUCAAUAUGGAAAAUGGCUGGACUUUGAAGUUGAUGCAUUUGAACUUGGAGCAGACAUUGAGGGUCAAAUACUGAAUGCUUUGGUUGAUGAGGUUGUUGCUGAAGUCUUGUAGUUUUAAAUGCCUUCUUCAGCUUUGUCACUUGAGUUGUACGGUCGCUGAUGAGCUUGUGGACAAGCACAUGGAAAAUGGCUGGCACUUUGAAGAUGAUAAUGCAUUUGUACUUAGCAACAAUGAGGGUCAAAAAUAUUGAAUGCUUUGGUUGCUGAAUUCAUCAAUGAAUUAUUGCUUGCAUUUGGUUUUUUCACUUCCAUGUUCUAAUGUAUGUCUCAUCAUAUAUCUUAUUCUUUGGGGAU